AUGCAUUGGGACAUGCGUUUACAAGGCUACAUUUUGUCUGCCUUUCCAAUCGGUUAUCUUACGUCUCAGUUAAUCGCUCAUUUAUUUGUCAAACGUUUCGGAACCAAAUCUGUUUUGGCAUUUGCCGUUUUUACUUGGUCACUUGUAACAUUCGCUACACCAUUUUUAGCUCCUGUUCCAUUAUUGCUUAUUUGCUCUAGAAUUGCACUUGGAUUUGGUGAAGGCCUAGGCAUGUCACUUCCAACCAUUUUUCACAUAUUUUCCAAUUUUGUUGCACUUGAAGAACGUUCAAGAUCGUUUAGCUAUCUUAUUGCCCUAGGAUCAGUUGGACAAACAGUUGCUGCCGUUAUUUGUCCGCAUGUGCCAUGGAGAUGGGUGUUUUUUGCCUUUGGAUUGAUGGGAUUUGCAUGGACAUUUCUGUGGUUGGUUGUUUAUCAUGAAUUUAGAAUAGCAAACGAUGAUGAAGUGUUUUUACAUUCAACAGCAAGGGUUGGUAACAAAAACCAUCGAUGGACAGAGUUUAUUGGUCAUUGGCCACUAUGGGCGAUUUAUAUUGCACAUUUUUCGAUGAAUUGGUCUAGUUACAUUGUCAUGGUGUGGCUUCCCACUUAUUUAGCAAAAACGUUUGAUGCAGAUCAAACGAGCUUAUCUUUUACAGCAUUUCCCUAUGUAAUGAAUUCAUUGUCAGGAGUUGCGGCUGGACAUUUUGCUGAUUUUCUCAUUAUGAAUCGUUGGACAGUUUUAUCUGUACGUCGUCUAAUGACAGCAAUUGGCUUACUUGGGCCUGGUUUAUUCAUGCUACUAUUCAUUUCUGUCGAUAAUUUAUUAUUUGCCGUGGUAUUUAUUUCAAUUUCAAUGGGCUUAAGCGCAUGUAAUUCAGCAGGACAUUUGAGUAAUCAUGCUGAUAUUUCACCGAAUCAUUCUGGAAUCACAUUUGCUAUUAGCAACACAUUAGCCACAAUUCCGGGUAUAUUAGCGGGACCUGUGACAGCCGAAUUAGUUGUUGCCAGUCACAAUCGGAAAUCAUCUGAAAUCCAAGCAAUAUUUUCUCAACAUGAUGGGAUUGUAGCCUGA